AUGUGUCCUCCGUCCUCCAUUAUUCCGUUCAACAUAGCCAAAAAGUUCAGGCCGCAAUUUCUUGAAAGAAUGGGUCAUCGAAAGAUGGAGAUAAACCCAAUCAGGAAGGGAACAUCACGCCGUGCAAUUACCAAGAAUAGAAAGCAAAAUUUAUUGAAGAAGAUGCAAGAAUUCAAGACCCUUUGCGACGUAGAUGCCUGUAUGAUAAUCUAUCCUCCCAAAGAAGAAAAAUCCUCCUUGGAAAUAUGGCCCGACAACCCGGAAGAGGUUUCCCGGAUCAUCAACCUUUACAAAACUAAUCCCAACGUUAAGCAGAAGUUCAGUUUGGUGGAUUUUUAUGAUUGCAAGAAGAAGGAAAUCCAUGAAGAACUUAAGAAGAAUCUCAAGAAACAUAUGGAAACAUUAUAUCCCACCCACAUUGAUUCCCGCAACCAGUAUUCGGAGGCUCAAUUGAAAAGAUUUGCCGAGGAAUUGGAUAACAAGCUCGAUUUAGUCAAGUCCAGGAUUGAAUCAAUCAAGGGAUCAUCAUCGGCAAUUACUGAUCAUGAUGAAAUUUUACGUCAUCAACAAAACAAGGUUUCGACCAUGAAUCAGCCACCGCCACAAAAACAGACGAUGAUGCUUGAAGAUUAUUGCAACGAUAAUAAUAGUAGAAUCACUACUAGUUCAUUUGUGCGGCCCACAGCAUUAGACCCACAUUUUUACCAUUUUCUCGGUGGAAACGGCGGCAAAGGCGGCGGUGCGGUGGCUGCUGCGGAGGUGGUGGAGGCGGAGGUGGUGCCGGCAAUGGUGGUGGCGGUGGCGGGGGCUGCUGCUUUGGAGGCAAUGAUGGAGAGAAUGGAGGCUUUGGAUGGAGUGGCGGCGGCAGCUGUAAUGCAGGUGACCAUGGUGGCGGCGGCUUCUGUGGUGGUGGAUAUUGAGAAUUCCAGUCCUACAUUAAUGCUGGCGGUGGUGGCGGCGGCAAUGGUGGUGGCGGUGGCGGUGGAGGUGACUGCUGUGGUGGUGGUGGUAAAGGGGGUCGUGCCUGUGAACACUAAAAUUUAG